AUGCACAAUUUAGAUUCAGAUAGUGAGGAUGAAUUACCUCCAGGUUGGGAGGAAAAGUCUACUGAGGAUGGAAAUGUAUACUUUGUUAAUUCGUGCAAUAAAAAAACUCAAUGGACACAUCCUCGUACAGGGUGUAAAAAAGUGAUUCCCAAAGAAUUGCCUUUCGGUUGGAGUAAGACUGUUGAUGAAAGUGGCAAAACAUUGUAUGUGAAUCAGGAAACCGGUAACAAAACAUAUGUGGACCCACGACUCGCCUUCUCAAAAGAAGAAAAAAAGCAUGUCAAUGACUUUAGGCAGAGAUUUGAUGGUUCUACUACAGCAUUUCAGGUUCUACAUGGAGUAGAUUUAUCUGGCAAAUAUGCUGUUAUAACAGGUUGUAAUGCUGGCAUAGGUUAUGAAACUGCAAAGUCCCUAGCUAGACAUGGCUGUAGUAUUUUAUUUGCCAAUCGUAAUUUAGAAGCCACUCAAAAAGCCAUUGAAGAUAUUGUUAAAGAAACAAAUAUUUCUGAAGAAAAUUUGAAGUCAAUACAUUUGGAUUUGAGCUCAUUGAAAAGUGUGAAGAAGUGUGCCUUAGCUAUUAAAACGGUUUUUUCUGAUCACAUUGAUAUGCUUAUAUUAAAUGCUGGCGUGUUUGGUUUGCCGUAUGAAGAGACAGAAGACCAGUUAGAUCGAACAUUCCAAGUGAAUCACCUCUCACACAUGUACUUUGCUAUGUUAUUGGAACCAUUGCUAAGAAAAGGAUCGAGAGUUAUCUUUGUAUCGUCCGAAUCACAUAGAACAGCAAGCCUUAAAAAUGUAUUUGUAAAACAAAAUUUAGCACAUCCCAAAGAAGCAUACAGCGCUAUGACAGCAUAUGGAAAUUCAAAACUGUAUAAUAUUAUAACUGCAAAGAUGUUAAGUGAAGAAUGGAAACAAAAGGGAAUUGCUGUGAAUUCUUUACAUCCCGGUAACAUGGUCUCAACUAAUCUACAAAAGAGUUGGUGGCUCUACCAAGUUUUAUUUUUUAUAGUUCGACCAUUUACCAAAUCAUUGCAACAAGCAGCGGCAACAACAGUAUAUGUAGCUACAGCCGCCGAAUUGGAAGGAGUCACAGGUCUUUAUUUCAACAACUGCUUUUAUUGUGAAGAGUCGACUUUAGCCAGAGAUAGAGAUAUAUCUCAUGAAGUUUUCUCAAUAUCCCUGAAGAUGAUCCAAGAAAGAAUGGGUAACGAAUAUAUAGAGGGAUAUAUACAGAAAUAUUGUACAGUCAACAAGAAAAAUGAUAAAUAG